CACAGGUUGAACGACAAAGAGCCCCCGCCAGCAGCAGUCCCGAAGGUGGCGGGCUGGCCAGCCCUCUGCGCUCCAUUCGAACCCUGCAGUCUAGCCUUGGCUGUGGGCAAUGCAGCUCCUCACAUCAAUCUCAAGUCAUCAGAGGGCCAGAGGGGAAGCGACUCCCCAAGGUCACCGGGCACCAUGACUCGACUCUUCGGUCAGGUCAGUGGCCGACACCUGACCACGGGGCCCGUGGAUCGGCUGGAAGACGCAGUCCCCAGCGCCUCAAGGUCCCCUUCACCAAGACCACGCAGGUGUAUAUGGAGACCACCACCCUCUGAAAUCGAAGAAGAAUAUUUUCCUUAGGUACAUGCGGGUGCUUGGAGUUCAGCAUUUAUUGAACCCCAAGCUACAACAGAAGCUGGAAAAGCCCAGACGAAUAAACAGGGGCCCCGUCUUCAGGAAACUUCUAGACCCUCCGCAGACAGCGAUUGCCUCCACUAGCAGGACAGCACGCGCAGCAGACGAACAGCAGGGGGCAGUAGAGGCCCAGCUCGGCCCCGUGGAGGACCUGGCUGAAGCUAGGAUGGAGGCUCUCGCGUCCAUUCGCAUCUGCGGCUUGGAAGGCGGCCUUUCUGUCAUUCCCCUUUCUUGGGGUCUAGGGAAGAAGAAAAACAAAAACAACCAAAAAAAAAUCACCGGGCGCGGUACUGCAGGCCUGUAAUCCCAGCGACUCGGGGGACAGGAGGGUCUCAAAUUAUCGAGGACAGUCUCAGCAAUUUAGGGAGACCCUGUCUCAAAAUUAAAAAAAAUAAAAUAAAAAGGGCUGAGGAUGUAUUUCAGCGGCAAAGUAUUGACAGGGUUCAAUACCCAGUCCCCAAAAAAGAAGGAGGAGAAGAAGAAAGAUCCUUUCAUACUACUACGGUAGAUAAAUCCGGAGUGAAGACUUUGGACUCCGGCGGUGGCUUUGCCCCACGGUUUCUCUUAAAGAGCCACUGCGCCCUCCAGCGGAGGAACGGCAGCGGAACCGCGGAGGGGCACUGCAGUCUGGAGCACCUUAACAUCCUUCUCCUGAAGGAGCGGGGCGGUCCCGGGUCUCGCCCCCGACGCGACUUCAUCCUUGUGCACAGAUUGGCUGGGACCUGUGCGUGAAGACGUUGCGUCGCGGGGCGGGGCGGGCAAGCGGUGUCCGUAGGGCCUCAGCAGCCUGUCUUCAGCCGCUGCCCCUGCUGUCCCUCCGCUUGUGUCUGUCGCCUGCUUUUAGAGGAUACAGGCGACAGCCGGGGCUUUCAGGUGGUCGCGCAGCGGCCAAAAGCCUACGCGGAGCCGCCUUGUCAGCCAGGCGGGUUUUCUCGGCCGGGUCCCGGUCGAGGGGAAAAUGGCGCCGGCGCCCCUAGGCGUCCGGGAGGAGCAGCUCCCGGGGUGUCGGUCCGGACCCCUUUCCCGGCUUCUCUUCCUCGCCCAGGCAGUCCUCCUGCUGCCCGUCGCCUGGGCAGGCCUCUGCCCCGCACCCUGCUCCUGCCGCAUUCCUUUGCUGGACUGCAGUCGCAGAAAGCUGCCCGCGUCGAGCUGGAGGGCGCUGUCGGGCCCGCUGCCCCCCGACAUCGCCACCCUGGAUUUGAGCCAUAAUCGGUUAUCUGACUGGAACAUCAGCUUGGAAUCGCAAACUUUACAGGAAGUGAAAAUGAAUUACAAUGAGCUAACAGAAAUCCCAUAUUUUGGAGAACCAACAUCUAAUAUCACUCUACUUUCAUUAGUUCAUAAUUUAAUCCCAGAAAUAAAUGCAGAGGCUCUCCAGUUUUACCCUGCUCUUGAGAGUUUAGACCUCAGCUCCAAUAUAAUAUCAGAAAUCAAGGCAUCUUCAUUUCCUCGAAUGCAACUUAAAUACCUGAAUUUGAGUAAUAAUAGGAUAACUACUUUGGAGGCUGGUUGCUUUGAUAAUUUAUCCAGUUCCUUAUUAGUGGUAAAGUUGAACCGGAACCGACUUAGUAUGAUUCCACCUAAGAUCUUCAAGCUACCUCACCUUCAAUUCCUGGAACUUAAAAGAAACAGGAUUAAAAUUGUGGAAGGUCUUACAUUCCAAGGGCUUGACUCCUUAAGAUCUUUGAAAAUGCAGCGGAAUGGAAUUAGCAAACUUAAGGAUGGAGCAUUUUUUGGUUUGAAUAAUAUGGAAGAAUUAGAACUAGAACACAAUAAUCUUACACGAGUGAACAAGGGGUGGUUGUAUGGCUUACGAAUGUUACAGCAGCUGUAUGUGAGCCAGAACGCUAUUGAAAGAAUCAGCCCUGAUGCAUGGGAGUUCUGCCAAAGACUAUCUGAACUUGAUUUGUCUUAUAAUCAGCUGACUCGCCUGGAUGAAUCUGCCUUUGUGGGUCUGAGUUUACUGGAGAGAUUGAAUUUAGGAGAUAACAGAGUCACUCACAUUGAUGAUGGUGUGUUUAGGUUUCUUUCCAAUCUUCAGACACUAGACUUAAGAAACAAUGAAAUUUCAUGGGCCAUAGAAGAUGCUAGUGAAGCCUUUGCUGGACUCACAAGUCUUACUAAAUUAAUCUUACAAGGAAAUCAGAUUAAGUCAAUUACAAAGAAAGCAUUCGUUGGUCUUGAAUCCCUUGAGCAUUUAGAUUUGAACAACAAUGCUAUAAUGUCUAUCCAAGAAAAUGCUUUUUCUCAGACUCACUUGAAAGAACUGAUUCUAAACACAAGCAGUUUGCUCUGUGACUGUCAUUUGAAGUGGUUACUUCAAUGGCUGGUUGAUAAUAACUUUCAUCAUUCUGUAAAUGUGAGCUGUGCACAUCCUGAAUGGCUAGCAGGGCAAAGCAUCCUGAAUGUGGACCUGAAAGAUUUUGUCUGUGAUGAUUUUCUCAAGCCACAGAUAAGGACACAUCCUGAAUCCACAGUUGCUCUAAGAGGAGUUAAUGUGUCUCUGACAUGUACUGCAGUGAGUAGCAGUGAUUCACCCAUGUCCACUGUGUGGCGCAAAAAUAGUGAAAUCCUAUAUGAUGUGGAUAUUGAGAAUUUUGUUCGUUACCGGCAGCAAGCUGGAGAAGCUCUGGAAUAUACUAGUAUUUUACAUCUUUUCAAUGUGAAUUUCACAGAUGAAGGAAAAUACCAGUGUAUUGUUACUAAUCAUUUUGGUUCCAAUUAUUCUCAAAAAGCCAAACUGAUAGUGAAUGAGAUGCCAUCUUUUCUGAAAACUCCAAUGGAUCUGACUAUCCGCACUGGUGCCAUGGCCAGAUUAGAAUGUGCUGCAGAGGGGCACCCUGUACCUCAGAUUUCCUGGCAGAAAGAUGGUGGUACUGACUUUCCUGCGGCUCGAGAAAGACGCAUGCACGUCAUGCCUGAGGAUGAUGUCUUCUUCAUUGCCAAUGUGAAAAUAGAAGACAUGGGAAUCUAUAGUUGCAUGGCGCAAAAUAUAGCAGGAGGCCUCUCAGCAAAUGCCUCUCUAACAGUUUUAGAGACACCCUCAUUUAUUAGACCUCUGGAAGACAAGACAGUAACCCGAGGUGAAACGGCUGUAUUACAGUGCAUAGCUGGAGGAAGUCCUGCUCCACGCCUCAAUUGGACUAAAGAUGAUGGACCACUGCUGGUGACAGAGAGACACUUCUUUGCUGCUGCCAACCAGCUUCUCAUCAUUGUAGAUGCUGGACUAGAAGAUGCCGGGAAAUAUACCUGUAUCAUGUCUAAUACCCUUGGGACAGAACGUGGCCAUAUUUACCUAAAUGUCAUUUCAUCCCCCAAUUGUGACUCUUCUCAGAGUAGCAUUGGGCAUGAAGAUGAUGGCUGGACUACAGUUGGCAUUGUCAUCAUUGUUGUGGUCUGCUGUGUUGUGGGCACCUCUUUAAUCUGGGUCAUUGUUAUUUACCAUAUGAGAAGGAAAAAUGAAGACUAUAGUAUCACAAACACAGAGGAGCUCAAUUUGCCUGCAGACAUUCCUAGUUACUUGUCUUCCCAAGGAACACUGUCUGAGCCACAGGAAGGAUACAGCAACUCUGAGGCAGGCAGUCACCAGCAGCUCAUGCCUCCUGCCAGUGGAUAUAUACACAAAGGCACUGAUGGUGGCACUGGUACCCGGGUGAUCUGCUCAGAUUGUUACGACAAUGCCAACAUAUACUCAAGGACCCGUGAAUACUGUCCAUACACCUAUAUUGCUGAGGAGGAUGUUCUAGAUCAGACACUAUCCAGCCUCAUGGUCCAGAUGCCCAAGGAGACAUUUUUGUCACAUCCUCCCCAAGAUGCCACUGUCUUGGAGAGCCUGAUAUCAGCAGACAGAGAGCUGUCUGCCUUUCCUACUAACAAUGAUAGAAAAAGUGAGAAGAAACUUCCCUGCACACAGAUGAGCAAUGAAACAUUGCAACAGCCUCUGUGGAACAUAAACAGAGAAUUAGGCCUGUCUCAUCCGCCCUUUUCCCAACAACCAGUCCUUGAGUCACCACAACUUCAUCGAAAUGAAGGCCUGGCAGAGAGAGAUCCAGACUCUUCUUCCCCCAUGCCUUGCCACAGGUUACAUGACCAUGCUUUUGAAUUUAGUAGGACUCGGAACAUUCAAGAUGGUAGUGAGGGUACAUGAAACCCACUCUAGGAUAAAAUCUGGGCAGAGACAAAAGUGAACUAAUUUGUACUUACUACCUCAGAGUUCAGAAGAAACCCCAAAGUCAGCAUUUGCUUUACUCUUUGUUCAUGGUUACAUCUGACCACACCAAGGUAGGACAGGCAUUUGGGUUUAUGCCUGAUGAAGGAAGGGUAACAGCUGACAGAAAUGGGUAUAUCAAAUAAAAAUUAUGCAGCACUGGCAGAGGAAAAUACAAGACAAAUGUGCUUCCUGAUGGUUCCAUGGAGAUAUGCCGAGGUGUGCUUUGCCUAUCAGGAAGGUCUGAUUGCUGCUUAACCUGCUGGAAUUAUCUUAAUUCUCAGAACAACCCUGAGAAAACAUUACUGCUUUGAUGUUCUACUCUACCUUCCAAGAGCAAAAAUAACUUUGGAGCCCUCUGGGAAGUGUGCCUGGGGUUCUUCAGUGGUUUUAAGCAGGUAGUUGAGCCUGGGGCUUUGAUAUUCAAGGUCUUCAGCAAGAAUCCCAGUUUGACCAGCUGGUAUUAGGUCAAAAGUUUUUGUAUUCUUGAGGUUUUUUUUUUGGUCCCUAUUGCCCAGGGAACUCAUUGUAAAUAUGUGUGUAUUUAUAAAUAAUUUUUCUAUUCAUUGACCAUGUGUGUUGGUUGUAAUGUAAAUAUUUUUGAUAUGCCAGAAUUAUAUAUAAUGUGUCUCUAGUUAUUAUAUUGACAGCAGCUUCUCAGAUCAAAGAUUUUGUAUAACUUAGAUCUAAAAACUGUCUAAAGUUCUAAAAACUUAUUUGUUAAGUAUAUGUAUAGAGGCAGGGUACUUGGUGAUUAUGCACAUAUAACACAGUCUUGGUGAAAUUAACUGCUUCACGACAGACGGUUCAUACAUUUAAUCAUUUGCCAUCUAUUUACAAGCACCAGGUGACAUUCCCUUUCUAGCAUUAAAAGCCAGGCUGUUUCAGAGCCUGGCUGUCUCAUCACAACCUUAUAAACAGAAGAAGACUUGUUUGGGGACUAUCUUUUUUCAGCAAAAUACUUCAUUGACACGGAAACCAAAGAUUGCUUCUUCCUGUGUUUGUAUUGUUUUUAGGAAGAGCAUACAGAAGAUGUUCCUAUACUAUAAAGCUUUAGAGUGGUCCUUGUUUUUUUUACAAGUGAUUAUUUAAGCCAAAAAGUUUUUUUUUCUUCAAAUUUCAUAGCAAAGAGCUUUAUGUGAAGAAAGAACUUAACAGUCUAAUGAAAUAUAGUGGAUUAAAGUUCUUUCUUUGUGCUGUCAGAUUUCUUUAUACACUGUUUGAUUCUCUAUUCUAAUAAUCUUAACUAUAUAAUUUUAACCUCUUAAAAAUAUCUAAGUCAUGCAUAUCCAGGGUUCUAAACUCACAUCCUUUCUCAGCUUUUUGUCAUAAAGUUUAGCUGAAUUUUCUACUUGGUUUUAAUCAGUUUUUCUCCUGUGGGCAGCAGCACUUCUUUACCUCUUGCACCUGUUACCUUUUUCCUCUUGCACCUGUCAGAGUCUGUUCAUUUUCACUUUGAACUUAAAUAUGACAGUUUUUCUAAACUUUUUCAGUCUGCACUCUCUUCUUAGGAGGUUGUGGUAUUGGUUGUACUGGACUGACAGGAAUUAAGAAACCUGGUUCACUUCUGACUCUGCUCUUUACUAGCUGGGUAAUCAAGCGUGAGUCCUUGGACUUUCCUAGGCUCAAUUUCCUCAUUUAUGAAAUGAGGCAUUUUAUUUUACUAGAUGCUCUUUCCAGCCCUUUCUAGCUCCUUUAGGAGCUGAAGAGGAUUAUGCCACUUUAAUAAAAAGCUGCUUUUGUGAAGUA